AUGUUCCUGUUGCUAUCAUUUCUUCUUCCUAGAAACAGCUGCCAAAUGACAGUGGCAUUUGACUUCUUUGUAGUGGCAGUCUGUCUUUUUAUGAGCCUUACCACAUCUGAAACACUCAUAUUCACGGUAUCUGACCCACCUGUUACCCUGGAUAUAACCAGGGCUGAUUUUGGCAGAUGCAACAGUUUACGGACAACAGCUGAAAAGAUGCUUUGUGUUACUAACAAUACAAGAGGUAAAGUCUGUGUCCAGUGGAUUCCAGGGAAUACAUUUAGUCUUUCUAUUUCUUUGUCUCUUGCUUUGUUUUCUACCUCAAAUUCUACCUUUUUUCUUUUUCUUAAUUUUUUUCUUUACCUCUUUGUUUAUCUUUGUUGUUCUUUGUUUUGUCUCUUUUUUUUUCUUCAAUUGUUUGAUCUUCUUUCUUUUUCCCUCUUCUUUUGCUCCCUAACUUCUUUUCUCUUUUUUUUAUUUUAUUUUCCUUGUCUGUCUUCGUCCAAUUUUCAAAUAUCUUGCUCUUUAUUCUUCUCUUCCUUUCUUUUAUCUUUCUCAUCGUUUCUCUUACUGUUCAUGAAAUAUUCCACAGGUAUUCUCCUUCUUUGA